GUGGAUGCGACUGCUUUUGGCAACUUGGCGCAAAUAUACUAUACGCCACUCAACACCGACGUGUUGCGGAAAUACAUGGACGAAAGUACACCAAACCUAGUAGCAUUUCUGGGACGAAUGCGUGAAACGUACUGGAAAGAUUGGGAUGAGGCGUGCCGAACACUCUCGCUUGAUACGCAGAAUACCGCGCUGUCCAAUGCCGAGACUAAUAAGUGA